GUGGCCGUCGGCUACGGCUCAUAAAUCGCUUUCGGUGCCCAAGUCGAGUCGAGUCGCGUUCAAGUUGAAUUUGCAGCACGCCGCGCCGCGCUACGCUACGCUACGCCGACAGGACAGAAUUACACCAGCAGGCUAAUCGCUUCGCACCAGAUACCAGAUACCAGAUAAUGGCUACUCGCACGUUACUCGUCAUUGUUUCACUUUCGUUGGCUGCUUUGAUAAAAGCGAGCGCUUUUGCCGGCGGCCCCGGUCAAUGGCCAGUCAACGGUAAUGGAAAUGGCAACAGCAACGACAACGGCGGUUUCGGUUCCGCAGCACACGCUCCUUGGUCUGGUAAUGGCGGAGGCGGCAACGGCGGCGGCCACAUGAAUUCGCCUUCUUCUCACGGUCAGACGAACGGAUGGCAAAAUAAAGGUAGAUCCGCGUCGUCGGGUAGACCUCAGUCGCAGUCGGGGUCGCAGUCGCAAUAUUCGGCCAACGCUUACGACAACGGAGACAAAUACGGCUACGAUUACACCAUACCCGGAGCCAACGUACAUUUCGCCGCCUUUCGAGGAGCCGGUGGCAACGGUAACGGCAACGGCAACGGCGGUGGCGGUGGCAGACCCAAUGGAGGUGGCAACGGCAACGGCAACGGCGGUGGCGGUGGCGGUGGCGGUUGGAAUGAUUUCGCACGUAAGCAAUGGCAACAACAAAAUGGCGCUGGUAAUUCUGCAAAUCGUUGGCAACGAAACAAUUUUGCGGGCGGUAAUUCUCAAAAUGCAUUCGGCGGACACGGAAACGGCGCCGGCGGCAGUGGCAGCGGCAGCGGCGGCGGUAGCUGGCAAAACAAAAAUUCCGCAGCUUGGUAGAUUAACGAUUAACUUCGCGCUAUCCUUUUGCUUUGUACCUAAGUAUGUAACAUUUUAUGUAUUUAAUUAGCGACUUAUCUCGUUCGAAUCAUUUCGUUUCGUACCUAUCAACUACAUAUAAGCAUCGACCAAAGUAAAACGUACCCUAUCUAGAUUUACGUAAUGUAGUUAGUAUGUACUUAAUUAGAUUAGGUAAUAGGUACCUAAUCUACUCGUAUAAAUUAAGAGUUUACCUACGAGUACGAUAUGUUCAAAUGUAGCGCGCGGUAAUUUACGAUUUUACGUUAUACACUUAUGCCGACUCGAUAACUUUGUCGAAUACGAGUACCUAGCCUACCUACUACAUAUAGAAUACAAGUAAUGGGGCGCGGAGUACCUCCGACCUCUGGCUCUACUAAACUUAUGUAGCAGGUACUAUGUAUGUACUUUAAUCUACCUAUGUACAAAAACGCAACUCCUGUAUGAAUAAGUAUGACAUGUAUUCGAUGGCAAUAAAUUCGAUCAGCAGAA